CAUGAGACAAGCAACUCACUAUCAUCUUUUGACCACUUCCCAUUUUUAUUCCUAAAAAAUUCGUCACUAUUAAGAUCUCAACAAAUACAAAGGCAAAAAAUCUAACAUAGAUUAAUUCACGCUAACCAGAAAACCCACCCACCCCAACAAUGGCGGCAAAAACAACAAUUCCCCCAAAACCCUCCAUUUCCCUAUCCCUCACACUCUUCCUUCACUCUACCCAUCUCUUCGCCCCUCUCCUGGGGUCGCCCGACCCGGUGCCCGCUCCGUGGCCCCACCAAUUCCACUCGAUCCUCUUCAUGAACAAAACCACCGAGGGCACCCUGCUACUGAUCGACCUCUGGUACGACUACCCCAACGGCCGUAACUUCAAUAUAAUCCAGUACCAGUUGGGCAAGAAGCUGUACAACCUCGAAUGGAACAACGGGACCUCCUAUUUGUACACGCUGGACGACAACAAAGAGUGCCAGACCAAGCAUGUCCCGGUUGGAAUCUUGCGGCCCGAUUGGCUCGACGGGGCGAAUUAUCUGGGUCGGGUUUAUAAAGAUGGGUUUUUGUGCAACGUGUGGGAGAAGGUCGACUUCAUUUGGUAUUAUGAGGAUGUUGCCACCAAGAGACCCGUUUACUGGGCUUUCUACACCGGGAUGGUAGCACAUGUGAUGACAUUUGAGGUUGGGAAAGUGCUUGAUGACCCCAAUUGGCAAGCUCCUGUCUACUGUUUUGAGGAGGCUGCAGAGAAAAAGAACAUUGCGAUUCUUGAUUCGGCAUCUGGUUUCUCAAUGAGAGAUGUCCAAAGUACUGUUAAUCCUAUGGUGAUUUAGCAUGGCAGCUUGUGCUUUAUAAAUGAAAUCCAUCUUUCAGCUAUGUUUUUGUACUUGACUUCUGUUGCAAGAGCCUUGUGUUGUUGAUGUCAUGUGCUAUUUUAUUUUUUCCAAAUCCAUGUAAGAGUCCAUUUUGCUGUAAAUUUCAUCGUUUUGGAAUAAACUGUACAAAAAUAAAAUGGUUGUGUAUGUUUUGAAAUUCAUGGCCCGAGUUUUUCACUUUUUUGUGUCAAGAACUAUAAGGCUUACAAGCAAAAUUAAUGAAGUAGGCAG